AUGGGAUCGGCGGCGGCGGCGUCUCAGAUGACGCCGCCGCGGGUGUGCGUGACCGGGGGCGGCGGAUACAUCGCCUCGUGGCUCGUCAAGCUGCUCCUCUCCCGGGGCUACGCCGUCCACGCAACCGUCCGCGAUCCAUGCGAUCCCAAGAACGCGCACCUGACGCAGCUGGAUGGGGCGGCGGAGGGCCUGCGGCUGUUCAAGGCCGACGUGCUCGAACGCGCCGCGCUGGCCGCCGCCGUCAAGGGCUGCGAGGGCGUCUUCCAUGUCGCGUCACCUGUGCCCGCCGAUAAGAUCGUCGAUCCUCAGUCAGAAGUAAUGGAGCCUGCCGUGAAGGGCACCUUGAAUAUUCUUGAAGUUUGUUCCUCAAUGAAGGUUCAGAAAGUUGUGGUGGUGUCAUCCACUUCUGCUGUUCACUUUAACCCGAACUGGCCUCAGGGUAAACCCAAAGAUGAGAGUUGCUGGUCAGACAAAAAAGUGUGCAUCGAAAAUGAGCUUUGGUAUUGUGUUGCUAAAACUGUUGCUGAAGAGACAGCCUUGGAAUAUGCUGAGAAGAAUGGGCUUAAUGUUGUUACAGUAUGUCCUUGUAUUGUUUUUGGCCCACAACUGCAACCUGUUGUCAAUACCAGUAGCGAACUCCUCGUAUAUGUGAUAAAAGGAGGUCCCAAUGCAAUGAAUGACAGGCUGUGGCAUAUAGUCGAUGUGCGUGAUGUGGCCGAUGCUUUGCUUCUGGUGUAUGAGAAACCAGAAUCAUCCGGGAGAUAUAUCUCCGCACCAAAUUACAUCAACACAAAGGCUAUCUUGGAGUUGCUAAAGAAGACGUACCCUAACUACAAUUACGUGAAGUGCAAGGAUAAUGCGGAUCAGAACUCUCCUAUCACACCAAUUUCGUCAGAGAAACUGAAGAAUCAGGGCUGGAAGCCAAGGGCAUUGGAGGAGACGCUUCUGGAUAGCGUCGAAUACUACCGGAAGACAGGAAUUCUGCAGGAUGUCGAGGGAGAGGGACAAGCUUGCCGCCUUCCUGAUCUGUUUCAGUUUUUUCAUGCUGCUGAGGAAUGAAUCGGUAGUGGUAGUACAGUGCUCCUAGAACCUAGAUACGCCAUUAUACUUGUGAGACAUUGCUGAAUAUGUUUGGAAAAAUAAUGAGU